CAGGGAUCGCGUCUUGCAGGCUUUGACUUUUGCUCGAGUGCUGAAACUUUUGGAGCUUUGCAACCAAAAAGACGAAUUAUCCGCGCGCGAGGCAAGCCGACGUAACCAGUGGACACGAACGCUGUGCAAGACGUGCUCUGAAACGAUUCGGACACAGAAGACUGCUCGCCGAACGACGCCGCAGCCGUAUUCCUGCAGCAAAGCACAGCAGGAGUAGAAUUCGAGCCGCGCGUGAGCAGCGCGUGACUUGUCGUGAGCCGAGGCAACCAUGGGCAACACCUGGGGCCGCAAGGUCCCGCUCAAAGAGGUGCUGCGCAAGAACAAGCGUGAGAUCAAUAAAGCGGUAAGAGAGCUCGACCGCGAACGAGCCAACCUAGAGAAGCAGGAGCUAAAACUCGUCGCCGACAUCAAGAAGUACGCCAAGGACGGCCAGAUGGGCCCCGUCAAGAUCAUGGCGAAAGAUCUCGUGCGAACGAGAACAUAUAUAACGAAAUUUAUAGAGUUAAGAUCGCACUUGAACGCCGUCGCCCUCAAAUUACAAACGGUCAAGUCCCAGGAGGCCAUGGCGCGCGCGAUGAAAUCCGUCACGGAAGCCAUGGUUAGGAUGAACAAGACCGUGAAUAUUCCUAGCAUCCAGAAGAUCAUGGUCAAUUUUCAAGUGGAGAACGAGCGCGCAGAGAUGACCCAAGAGGUCAUGGGCGACAUGCUCGACGAUGCCAUGGCGGAAGACGGCGACAGCGACGAGGAGGAGAAGAUUGUCGGGGCCGUCUUGGACGAGAUCGGCAUCUCGUUUGGGGACACGAUCCCGGACGCGCCGGACGCGAUGGCGGCGCGGCCGCAGGCGGCGCCGGUGGCAGUAGCUGAUGCGGUCGGUGGUGGUGGUGGUGGUCCGCCCCCACCGCCGGGCGGCGGCGGCGGCGACACGACGGUGUCCGACCUCGAGGCGCGGCUGAACAACCUGCGCAAAUAGUCGCUGUUUUUAAUAUCGUGUACCAGUAUCCUGUGCCCGCUCGCGGCGAGUGUUGGGGAGACGUGCACGCCAUCGACGAGCAAAUCACACACCUACAUUU